AUGGGCUCUACUGUUGCUACACCAAGUAUGAGAGUCCUUGUCUGUCCAUCUGGCUUCAAGGGUAGCCUCCAGCCCAGUGAGGCUGCAGACUGUAUUGAAGCGGGGAUCCUCGCCGUUGAACCUAAUGCCUCGGUCCGCAAGGUUCCGUUGGUUGAUGGAGGCGAGGGUUUCACGCAGGCCAUUGUCACAGCAACAGGAGGUUCAUUGCAUCGAGUCCCUGUUGUCGGACCUGUAGGAGUUCAGAUCACGUCAUUCUUUGGUCUGCUGGGUCGCAAAGAGCAUGAGCCAACCACGGCUGUCCUUGAAAUGGCUGCUGCUGCUGGCCUGAGCUUAGUCCCGCCCAGUAGUCGCAAUCCAGGCAAGACAACAACAUUUGGUGUUGGCCAACUCAUCCUUGCUGCCCUUGAUGCUGGAGUCACCCGCAUUCUGGUUGGAUGCGGUGACUCUGGGACGUGUGAUGGUGGUGCAGGGAUGCUUCAAGCCCUAGGUGCAAGACUGCUUGAUGUCCAAGGGCGUGUUUUACCUUUGGCCGGAGGUGGCGAAUCACUCUUGGACCUUGGUUCUAUUGACCUUUCUGGAGUCGAUAAACGUGUCUUCAAAGCCAAAAUUGACGUUGCCGUGAAUUGGCAUAACGUGCUUUGCGGACCAGACGGAGUGGCAAAUGUCUUUGGUCCCCAGAAAGGAUCAACGCCAGAGCAGGCCGCUCGCCUCAGUCUUGCCAUGGAAAAGUUGGCAGACGUUGCUACUGGCAUUCUUUGUGACAAGAACGUACGACUGGCUCCUGGCGGCGGUGCUUCGGGAGGUCUUGGAACAGGCUUGCGCUUGGUAGGAGCUACACUCAGGCCCAGAUACGAGGUCAUUAUGCAGUACAUCAACCUGCACAGUAUAUUUGACGACUGCGAUCUUGUACUCACUGCGGAGGGGGGCAUUGACGAUCAAACUCCGAGGGGUAAGAUCCCUGCAGAAGUUGCCAGACUCGCAAAGAAACAUGGACUUCCAGUGAUUGCCAUCGCUGGUACGAUUGGGCAGGGCGCCAGAGUGAACUAUGAUAUCGGGAUUGAUGCUUUUACAUGUAUUAUUCAGCGUCCAAUGAGUCUGGACGAUGCGGUUUUGGAAGCGGAGAAAUUGACGAGGGAGAGUGCCGAGACGGUCAUGAGAAUCGUUGUGGUUGGGCGGAUGCUGGGCAAAUCCCCUUGA